AUGAUGCAGGCCUCCAGUCUGAUGAUACAUGCUGCCCCCGAUGAAGAACGAAAGAAGCGUAAUCGGAUUGCCAAGCGCAAGUCACGGCAACGGCAAGCCCAGCAGGCCCUUGCAAAUGAAACACAGGAUGGCCUGGGGUCGGUAACCUUUUCCGGAGAUAUGUUGCUGCCGGUAUUGGCUGAUAAGCACGUUGACCCUACAUGCAUGGGGGAAGGGUAUGCCUUAGACCCGGCUCUCUACGAACCAAGCGUUCUUGAAUGUCUGGGAUACACAUCAGAGGAACCCGUUACUCAAAUACGCGCCGGCUCCAUUGAUCCCCAACUUGCUGCCAAUCACAGGGAUGCACCUAGACCAAGCGCGCCUGGGGGUGACUUGGAAUCGGCCAUUGCGCGGUGGGCCAGUUCUACCCCCGAAUUCCCGUUUCAGCUCCCCCAAAAACAGGAACAACAAAGUCACUCCUCUCGACGCGAGCCUGCCUUGCAUCGCGCCGUCAUCACGGGCAAUGAGGAUAUUGUAAAAGUGUUGCUUCAGCAUCAAGCUGAUGUCGACAGCCGUGAUAAAAACGGACGUACCGCGUUGGAUCUCGCAAUCGAUGCUGGGCACGUCGCUAUUGUACAGAUUCUUCUGGCCCACGGCGCGGAUAUUGAAGGGAAUUAA